GGGGAGAGGGCUCCCCUGCUCUCUUGCCCGCCCCGCUCCCGUGUCUGCUGCCAGGGGCUGUAUCUGAUCUCUCCUUGAGCCUGUUCACAUAGUCCCUGGACAGCCUGGCCAUCUCCAGCUCCGUGUACUUCUCUAUCCAGUGCACAUCACCUGGGGCCUGUGAGGCAGAACUGAACACCAGGGGAGCGAGCCAGAGGACCCCCUGCGCUAGACAUUGGCCUCAUGUUCCCCUCUGUACAAUGAGACGGGCAGGUCAGCCUCCGAAGGCCUAUCUUUUGGAGACAUUUUAGCUUGGUGGGUUUUAUCUUUGACCUUUGACAAAACUGUUUCAAGCAAGUGACUUGUAGAAAAAUUAGGAAAUGCAUUUCAGCUCCUGCCGGUAUCCCGGCCUACUUUGCAAGGAUACGUCUGCUCGCUUGUGGAUAUGCAGCUAUACACUUGUCCGUUGGGGGUCACCCAGCUGGAGCUCUGACAGUACAGCCACUCUGGUCACCUUGAGGCUGGCUUCACUCACCUUCCUGGACUGGCUGGAAUCAGGUUUCUAUUUGCCCUGGAGGAGGUGACCUGCCUGCUCUGGUCUGGUCUGACUACUGCCUUUCUUUACCUCCAGGGUGCUGGUCUAGGGCAGGGUAGGGAGCUGGGCCAGUUCCCCGGGUUUUGGCAACUAGAGGUUAGUCCAGGUCAGAGGAGAAGAUAUCAGUUCAGGGGAUGGGGGUCCUUAGGAUUAAGCCUGGGCCUCAGCCGGGAGUAGGAGUUGGGAUGAGUAAAUACAUUGAUCAAGUGUAGCUCUUCUACCCUUACUACAGUAUUUUCUGGCUUUGUGUGUUGUUUGUAUCUGCUAUUCUUGGCAUAUUUGUCUCCAUCUCUACCCUUUCUGUCCCUUCAUCUUCUCUUCCCAACAUAGAGUGGAAAGAGUAUGAAUUGCAACAUGAGCCAGGCCUGAAUUCAAACUCAGUGGCUGUGUGACCUCGGCAAGCCCCUUAACCUCUCUCAGCCUCUAUUUCUCCAUCCCUAAAAUAUCCAUCCCCUGGGGGCUACAUAGGGACAAAGUGAGCUAAGCCAAUUAGCUGAUCUGGCACACUGUCCACUUCAGAAAAGGACAGGCCCUAAAAAUGGAGAAGCUAAGAGUCAAAUCUAAACCACUGGACCCUGAAUCCAGUGCUCUCUGCUUCAAAGGGCUGCGUCUCCUGUGGGCUGAAGAAGCAGGCGCAGGGAGGCUCGGAGCCCACAGACUGUGAGGAAGGCCUGGCUGGUCCCCAUGGAGGGCUGUGUGGGGUUCGGCCCUCGCUACCCUCUGACCGUGCAAAAUUGUGAUGAGUCUGAGGCUGAGCCAGUGGCCUUCCUUUGGGGGCCCAUGGGCCUAGGCUAUUUGCAUGGACGCUAUAAAUAAGAGGCACACCUUGCUUUUGUGCAGCUGCCUCACCCCUCACCUUUCCACUGCUGCUCCGACGCUUCCAGGUAGGCGGGUGGGAUCUGACUGCAUUGAACAGAGAGGGCACCAUGGCCCGAGAGGCCCUGGACCUCUCAGGGCCACACAGCGGUAGAAGCAGAUGCACUCAUGGUAUCUGUCUCCUUUCUGGGUCUAGAUAGUCCAGUGGAGGGCCAAGGGGUGGAAGCAUCAGACUAAGUCCUUUACCUUAGUAUUAGUCCUGGGAAGCUGGAGCUAAGUGAUCUGGCCCUAGGGGUCCUGCCGGGUAGCCCGUGGUGUUCCAGAGACCAUGGGUCCUCUGCUCAUGUACUGUGGCCUGGCUGUGCAGGUUUAGGGCUAGGGCCCUGCCACUGUGGGUGUGGCUUUCCUUCCAGUGGCUUCUGUGAGCAGCAGCUGCUGAGUGUGAGCCCAAGGGCAGGCCUGGGGGUUGGUCCUGGGCCCUGCCUCAUUCUCCCAAGGUUUCUCUGUCCCUUCUCCAUGCAUCCCCAUGCAGAGCUCCUGCUGGGCAGACUGGGGGCAGAGUAAGCCAUGGAGCCUGCAGGCAUUAGGGCUGGGCCCCAUGGCGAGGUGGCAGGGAGAAGUUGGCCAGCAGGUGUGCAGAGUGCUGGAUGCCUGUGUUCCUUCAGAUUUGAUUUUCUGAGACAUGGGGUCAGUAACCAGGACUGUCUCCUCAAACUAGUAAGCAGAUGGCAGAGAUGCAUGUUGAGGACUGGAAAGAGGUGCAUGAGUGAGAGGUGGCAGGAGGGGCCAGGUAUCCUUUCUGCUUGGGCGUUCAGGACCCCAACCUGGACUCCUACACACUCAGGGUCAGGCCCAGGCAGCUUCUUCACUCCACCAUCAGCUGAGCUCCUGCCACAUCCCACUACCCACUCCCAUGACCUCACAGCUGCACACACUUCUGUGGGUGUGUAAGUCACACUCUGUAGACCCGUCACACCCACGUGCACCCUCACGCCUGCAGGAGCCCAGAGAAGAGCCCACAGCGCCCACUGCUGGCGCUCCCUCUUUGCCCACCAGGAGAAUGUGGGUGGCUAGCUUGGUACCCAGUAUGCGCUCACCUUCUGGCCUCAGGCCAGAGUCUUUGGGGCGGGGCUUAGGCAUGAGCUUGCACACCUACUGUCUCUCUGACUGCAGGAACCAGGUCCUGGCAGGGGAUGUGGUGGGAACUGCCCUGCCUGGUUCCUUCUCUGCUCUGGUUGUUGGCUUCAGAGGACUGGCUUUGCCACAGGGCUGGGCUGCAGGCUGAGGUCAGUGUUUCCUGUGAGCUCAUCUGGGCUGGGAGCUCCCAGAAGACCUGACCCCUGCUCUGGCUGCCUUGCACAGGAGUGGAGGGAGCUCUUCCAGGGGCCAGGCAGCUGUGGUGUGUGUUUGUGCGUGUGCACGUGUGUGGGGGUGAGGGUAUGUGCCUGUCUGCCCCAGGUACCCAGCUUCUGUUCCAGGUGGAGUACGUGUGUGUGCGUGUGUGUGUGUGUGCAGGAACACAAGGGAGCAUUCACUCGAACAUGGUUAUGGAGGACCCUUGUGUGUGGCUUGGGUCUGGAGGCCUAUGUAGGAGUAGGAGUGUGUACAUGUGGCUUAUAUACAAGUGUCCUCUACAAAUGGCAACCCAGGAAGACACUUGGGGUCACCUCCUGUAGUGACUCUUGACUUGGGAAACAGCAAAGAAAGGGGUCGUGUGGAAGCCGACCCAUGUGAAUGUGCAAAGGGCAUUCAGCGUUAUGUUCAACAUUAAAGUGGAGUUUCCUAUUUGGGCGGAAAAUCAGUUGGAAAGUGCAGGCAGCCUUCCAGGUAGCAGACAGCAUGUGCCACCAAGGGGCUUGAUUUCAGGAGGGUCAGGAACACUGUUGUGGGCAGAGCUUCUCACUGCCCCUGCUCUUGAACAAAGUGGGCGCUAAGUUAGUGGAAUCUCAGCUUUCAUUUCUGGCUCAGCCUUUGUUUCAGUUUCCCCAUCUGAAGAGUAUGGUGCUUAUUGCACCCCCGCUCAUCCCCCUGGGUAGUUAUGAGCAAACAGAACCAAAAGGGUUGCAUGGGGCAGGGCAGGAGGAAGUGGGCGAGGGGGGCUGUCCUGCCCCUCUUAGUAGUUGCUGGCACUGAGGCGUGGAAACCAGCACAUACUAGGCCCCUGGCACCUGGGUAGGUGCCCAGCAAUUGGCUGCUAAGGGGGCCACUGGGUGACUCCCCAGAUGAGUCUUGGGGCCCAGUUUUAGAGAAGAGUGAAGAUAUGCCUUGGCCUGGGGUAGACUGACAAAGGCUGCCCAGUGGCCUCAUGUCACAUCUGGUUUUACCAGGGUUGCCAAUUUCCCAAUUUGUAACACUGGCCACUGAGACUAGUGCACUUUAUGUGCCACAUGGGCCAGAUUCAACAGAGUGAGUGCCCUGUGGCUCCUGGCUGCCCUGCUGUGCCCCCUGCUCUCUGGCUUCACCCCUCUCUGUUCACAACCCUGCUAUAGGCCCCCCCCCCACCAUGGCACCAUUCCUGCGCAUCGCCUUCAACUCCUACGAGCUGGGCUCCCUGCAGGCUGAGGAUGAGGCGAGCCAGCCUUUCUGCGCUGUGAAGAUGAAGGAGGCACUCAGCACCGAGCGAGGGAAGACAUUGGUGCAGAAGAAGCCAACCAUGUAUCCCGAGUGGAAGUCCACGUUUGACGCUCACAUCUACGAGGGCCGCGUCAUCCAGAUCGUGCUGAUGCGGGCAGCUGAGGAGCCCAUGUCAGAGGUGACCGUGGGCGUGUCGGUGCUGGCUGAGCGCUGCAAGAAGAACAACGGCAAGGCUGAGUUCUGGCUGGACCUGCAGCCGGAGGCCAAGGUGUUGAUGUCUGUGCAGUACUUCCUGGAGGACGGGGACUGCAAACAGUCUAUGCGCAGUGAGGAAGACGGCAAGUUCCCCACCAUGAACCGCCGCGGAGCCAUCAAGCAGGCCAAGAUCCACUGCAUCAAGAACCACGAGUUCAUCGCCACCUUCUUUGGGCAGCCCACCUUCUGUUCCGUGUGCAAGGAGUUUGUGUGGGGCCUCAACAAACAAGGCUACAAAUGCAGGCAAUGCAACGCAGCCAUUCACAAGAAAUGCAUCGACAAGAUCAUCGGCCGGUGCACCGGCACUGCCACUAACAGCCGGGACACCAUAUUCCAGAAAGAGCGCUUCAACAUCGACAUGCCGCAUCGGUUCAAGGUUUACACCUACAUGAGCCCCACCUUCUGUGACCACUGUGGUAGCCUGCUAUGGGGGCUGGUGAAGCAGGGGUUAAAGUGUGAGGACUGCGGCAUGAACGUGCACCACAAGUGCCGGGAGAAAGUGGCCAACUUGUGCGGCAUCAACCAGAAGCUCUUGGCCGAGGCCUUGAAUCAAGUCAGCCAGAGAUCUUCCCGGAAGCAGGACACGGGGUCUUCAGAGCCUGUCGGGAUAUACCAGGGUUUUGAGAAGAAGCCAGGAGUCUUUGGGGAUGAUGCCCCAGACAACGGGACCUACGGCAAGAUCUGGGAGGGCAGCACCAGGUGCAGGAUCGAGAACUUCACCUUCCACAAGGUCCUGGGCAAAGGCAGCUUUGGGAAGGUACUGCUUGCCGAGCUUAAGGGCAAAGGACAGUUCUUCGCUGUCAAGGCCCUCAAGAAGGAUGUGGUGCUGAUUGACGACGACGUGGAGUGCACCAUGGUGGAGAAGCGGGUGCUGGCGCUCGCCUGGGAGAACCCCUUUCUCACCCACCUCUUCUGCACCUUCCAGACCAAGGAGCACCUGUUCUUCGUGAUGGAGUUCCUCAAUGGCGGGGACCUGAUGUACCACAUCCAGGACAAAGGCCGCUUCGAACUCUACCGUGCCACGUUUUACGCAGCCGAGAUCAUCUGUGGAUUGCAGUUUUUACAUAACAAAGGAAUCAUUUACAGGGACCUCAAGCUGGAUAAUGUGAUGCUGGACCGGGAGGGCCACAUCAAGAUAGCUGACUUCGGGAUGUGCAAGGAGAACGUAUUCGGAGAAAACCGAGCCAGCACUUUCUGCGGGACCCCCGACUACAUCGCCCCUGAGAUCCUGCAGGGCCUGAAGUACACGUUCUCCGUGGACUGGUGGUCCUUCGGGGUCCUCCUCUACGAGAUGCUCAUUGGUCAGUCCCCCUUCCACGGCGACGAUGAGGACGAGCUCUUCGAGUCCAUCCGCGUGGACACGCCGCAUUAUCCCCGCUGGAUCACCAAGGAGUCCAGGGACGUCUUGGAGAAGCUCUUUGAAAGGGACCCGGUCAAGAGGCUGGGAAUGACAGGAAACAUCAAAAUCCACCCCUUCUUCAAGACCAUCAACUGGCCUCUGCUGGAGAAGCGGAAAGUGGAGCCGCCUUUCAAGCCCAAAGUGAAAUCCUCCGGAGACUAUAACAACUUCGACCAGGAGUUCCUGAAUGAGAAGCCACGCCUGUCUCACAGUGACAAGAACCUCAUCGACUCCAUGGACCAGACGGCGUUCGCGGGCUUCUCCUUUGUGAACCCCAAAUUUGAGCACCUCCUGGAAGCGUAAGGCUGGCAGACAUGUCCUCCAAACCCUGGGUGGAGCAGGCUGACUCAGCCGGGUGGGCACCUGCCCGCUGCCCACUGAGCAGCACUGUGACUGUCCCACCUUCCGCUGCCUCCCUGACCCGAGGGGCUCAGCUCCUGCCAGCUGGGCUCUCACGGUACUUCCUUUGUGAACUGUGUGUGAAUUUGCUUUCCUCUGCCCCAGAGGGAAACUGUAAAUCCUGUGUUUCAUUACUUGAAUGUAGUUAUCUAUUGAAAAUAUAUAUUAUAUAUAUA